AGGUGAAAGAUGCUCCACGGGACGAUUGAGUGAUGGCAUGAGUGAACCAUGUGAACCUUAAUUCAUUCACUAAACUUGAAUAUAUUUGGCACGUUAGGCCUGAACAUAAACGUUAUUUGGGACACCGGUCAAAGACUAGCAAAGCUUCGUUUUGUUUUGUUAUUUUAUGUGCGCAAGUUAGUUUUUCCUUCCAUAUCUCCUGACCAGAUGGUGAUAACCUCGGUUAUGUUUGCCAUUUAACUAUUUCCACAAGAAGACACAACUAUCUUAUGACGAGCGAAAUAAAAUGGCUUUCGCAAACCUGUUCUCGAGACUCUCUGCUGUGGAAGAGGAUGACAGGAGCCCUGCUCAGCAAAACUUUACUCACAGGAACGAGCCUGAGAAUGGAAAACGAGGCAAUGCAAGAAAGAGGAAACCCCAGAGUGAGCAGACUGGCCCCAAUAAAAAGAAGCAAUUUCACCAAGCCCAGACAACCAGAGGCAAUAAUGCAUCAUCCUUCAGAGACGGAGGCGUCAAGGCCAUGCACCACCAUAUGCAAAACACUCAGAGUGAACACACAAUCACCAAGGGUCAGAAAUACAGAAAUCAAAAUAACCAUAAUGGGACCCAGCAGCAGCAGAGGGACAGAUGGACCCCUGCUAACAGAGGUGGGGGCCAUCAGUCUAGACCUGCCUGGGGAAGAGGUAGAGGAGACUGUACAUAUAAAAACAAUAAGCAGGAGGUCCAAGUGCAACGUCCGAAGUUCAUGACUGAGGAGUUCAAGGACCAGAAUGCUAUGCUGGUGAACGGGCGCUUAGUUUGUCGACAUUUCCUCUGGGGAAAGUGCAUCAAGGAGGACACCUGUCAGCUGGAACACAUUAAGGGUUGCAAUGAUCUCGUCAAAGAAGUGUGCAAAUUCUACAUUAUAGGAUUCUGCCAAAAAGGAGAGAGCUGCCCAUACAUGCAUGAGUCCUUCCCCUGCAAGUUCUUCCACAGAAGAGGACAAUGUUCUAAAGGAGCAGACUGCAAGUUCUCCCAUGAGCCUCUUAAUGACAUCAAAGCCAAACUGUUGGAUGAGGCAUUGCAAAAGGUAAAGGACCUCAUUGAACUAACAAAAAGAUCUGAACAGGAGUCUUUGCGACCGCCAGAAAACACAGAUGAGUCAGAAAUGAUAGAAGCAGACAAGACCCCCGAUAUACCCCUGCAACCACUCAGGCCUGUCUUUUACAACAGCGCAGAAGCCAAUACAGAGAAGGAAACCACGCUAUGUGCGACUGAAGCACUGGCUGAUGAGCAACAUCAACCCCCCCAGUCAAGUAAUCUUAAUCCUGAGGAACCAGUCUGUUAUUCAGUGGAAGCCGUUCUUGGACCUCAAUUGUUCAAACCUUUCCCUCGCCUCUUUACAACUCCUGGAUGUGAAGAAUUAGGCACUUCAGGCUCAGCAAACCCAAAGGAAGUUCCUUACUCUGUGAAUGCUGUUCUCAGGUCCUUUAAAUCAACCCUUCCUAUUGUACAAACUGUAUCCUACACCCCAAAAACCGAAGGUGAUGAGAUCGCUUAUCCUCUGCUAAGCUCAGAAACUCCAAAUAAGAAGGUCUUGUAUUCAGAGAAUACAAGAAAUGAAGUGAACAAAUCUGAAAUGUUCAAGAGCCUCAAAGUGCACACUGGCCUGGUUUCCAAGACCUGCCCUAGUCUUACUCCGGCCUACAGGGACUACACGAAGCAAAGUGACUGUCGGCAAGAAUCUCUGAAACCUGCUCCCAGAACGGCUCAUGAAGUCAAGUUGGGCUUGCUGCAUACUUCUGUCACUGUGGCAAAGAGGUCCUCCGAAAACAAAGAUGUGAGAGGGAGCAUGCACCUGCAUGCCGAUAUGACAAGCUCCAUUAACUGUAAGAGUGAAGGUGGAAGCACUACUCACAGAAGCAUUUUGCCAAGACCCCUUAAUAAGACUACUCCCAAACAGCCUACGCAGUUGAGGCCACAUAUCUCUGUUCUGACGGUUGACCCACAAGCCUCAGUAAAGCCUUCUCCCUCUUCAAGCUUCACCAAAUUUAAAGGUGGAGCUGCUGCUGCUACAGUACAACCUGUCACCGGCUCCAUUAAUACAACUGAUCCUACAAACUCUGUCAGUCGUCAUUCUGCAGCCAAACAACCCACUGAGAUGCCCCCGCCCUUCAAAAACACACAAUCUGGUCUCAAACGUGGCACGCAGGAGCAUCGUUCAACUGAAAUCACAGCCGAGUGCAGCAGUAAAAUGACACAUGGCACUGAUUUGGACGUUGGAUGUAAAAAGACCCUGAGAAGACCCUUUCAUAGCCUUUUCGCAAGCCCAAUCACUGACACUCUGCAGCACAUAGACCAUUCUGUAAGAACAUCCUCUUGUCCUCAAUCUUCCCCUCCAGAGUCUGCAGAUCGCACAAGUGAUCAUGUUAAAAGUGCGCUUGAGACGGAAAAAGCCUCUGCCAGGUCCUUCCUCAGCCUGUUUGCUGCCCCCCUCAGUGCUGCUCCUAACCCAUGCAUGCAGCCUCAGACAGAGGAUGUAAAGACUUCCUCUGGUCCGCAACACUCAAUUAAUAAUGAAACAAACUCCAAACAAAGCACUUCUAAAUUAGAGAAACAUCUGCCACACCAGGUUAUAAAUGCUGUCAAAGAACUCGCUCAUGUUCCAAGAUCACCUAAUCCUAAAUUAGAAAAUAAAGACAGUUCCUUGGCUCAUGUUGAUCAGCCUACAAAGCAGAAGCUGGUUCCUGUCCGUGGCGUUGUGUCUGAUUCAACCCAUGCUCAUCAGCAGCUGCCUGACAUCUCAUCCCACAAAGCAUCCACUGCAAAUUCCGUUCUUAAGAAUCUCUUUCUUAGCCUGAGCCCGUACCAACAGGAUGCAGAGCAACAGGGAGAGUCAAAAGAUGGAUAAAACGGUCAAGGGGUGUGUCUUUGUGAAGCAACUGUUAUGGAAAAAGAAGACUCCCAGUCCAACAGUCCACUGAGAACUCUGUUGCACACUCAUCAGACCUCCAGCCAUUCAUUCCAACAUCGACUUGUAGACCAAGACGGAAGAAGGAAGGAGAAUGGUUAAAUGUUGACGUGUUUCCCAAAUCACCCAAGGACCUUCUAAGGCUCCACUGUAUCUGACAUUAAUGUUGGAAUACUGUUAUGUGAAACGACACUUAUAAUAUUGAUUAAUCAUGCCUUGUGGUCAGUAAUGAGGACAUUAAUUUCUUUGUUUACAACCUUUCAACCUUUUUUUUAAUCUUUUGUCAUAUUUCUUGCAGUCUUUAACUUAUUUUUUGUGCACCGUCAAAAGUGUAAUAAUUGAACAUUAAAAUAUUUUAAACAUG